AUGCCAAUGCAGUCCAUCCUACCUAAAUAUCAAUGUGAAAAUACCGCUUUCUUAAAUGCGAUUUACAAUUUUCUUGAAGAAGCAAUCGCAAAAGUUCGCACCUGGUUAUCACCUCCUGUAGGAAAAACCAAAAAGAUAGAAAUAUAUCUGCAUUUUCAAAGUGUCAAAAAUGACAAUCCCGAGUUAUUACCUUCCAUUCUUCAACUAGAUUCAUCAACAAUAUCCUGGAGCAACAUUUGCGAUUAUCUUUGUGCACAUGAUUUUCAUAAAUUGCUUCAGGCUUGUUCAGGAAACGAUACAAUUCACAUGAUAUCAUCAAUGAAUUGGACAACAGAGGUCUUUGGCGGAAGUAUUAUGGACUAUGAUAAUACAAAUCGUCACAAGAUUUUGACUGAUGCUCGAAAAAUGAUUCAGACAUCUGGACAGGCUAUCGACCCAUCUGGGUAUUUCCGGUAUGCUCAGAUUUUUAAGCAUCCACAUAAUACGCUAACGUACUUUUGGCAAGGAAUGUAA